AUGAUUCUGGAGAAAAUAUGGCCUGCGUUUAUUACUUUAGUCAAAAUUUAUGCGAUAAUUGGACUGGUAUAUAUAAUAAUUUACAACUCUUUGUACUUUUAAAGUUUCAACAGAUAACUAACUACCUAUUAUUUUUACAUUUGUUUUGUUGGGGUGCUAUUAUUAGUGUAUGUGGUCAGAAAUAUUAUUGCACAUUUAAAGGAAUAGCAUCGAUUAACCCUGAUCAAUUUGACUUUCAUACUGAUUGAGACAUCAUUCUAAUUAUUUUUGACAGAAAUCUUCCUAUCCAAUGAAUCUGAUGGUAAGAUUCUGACGAUAUGUUAAAUGUUUAUAAAUUUGUUAUUGAUUCUAGGAAUAGUAAGAACGAUAAAAUUAAGAAUUGUUUUAUUACUGAAAUUUUACAUAUAUUUUGCAAUCAGAAAUAUCACCUUUCAUUUCAAAUCAUUACAUUCCUUAAACAUUAUAAUAUUCAUAAUAAUGAUAUUGUAUUUCUGGGAUUAACAAUUAAUUAGUCUGAGUAAAGUCUCUCAAUUUGCUGAUUAAACAUUGAGAAGCAUACCAAGUGCAGUUUGUGUCCUUGAUUCAUACAGCAAAGACGUCCUUUUUACAAAUAGCUUCACAAAAAAGAUGAUACAUUAAUUAAAUAAUGGAGGCUUGACUGGAACUAAAUCACUCAAUGUAUUUUAAAACUAGAACCUGCCUUCUUAGGAAUCCUUUAUCACUUUUUCAUUAAAUGAGAUUAUUUAGUUUUUUUAAGGACUUUAUUUGAAUUAAACCCAAUUACAAGAGCAAUUCAAUGUUGAAAGCCAGCAGAAAUUUGAGGAGUUAAAAGAAAUAAAUUAUUUAAAUUAAAUAAAUUUAAAUUAGGCUCUAGACAUAAUCAACAAUGUUGAUUGUUUAUCAAAUGGAAACAUUUAUCAAUUGCAAUGCCAAUAUGAAAACAAUUAAACAUCAGAAUAUCCUGUCAUGAUUGAAGUCAGAAUUAAAACAAGGUUGCAAUAUGGAAUGAAUAAGAAUGCAAUUUUAUUAAACUUCUAUGAUAUUUCCCCUAAUUUCAAAUCUUCCUACUACAAAAAUCUGAAUAGGUUUAAAAGUUAGGUAAUUAGAUCAAUUUCUCAUGAACUUAGGACCAGAUUGAAUGUUAUAUAAGGCUUUCUUGAAGUAAUCUAAUACAAAAGUUAACUAUUUGAUAAGGAAACAAAUAAAUUAAUAAGAGCAGCCUUUAAUAACUGUAGAAUACAGAACCUAAUAAUAAAUUCCAUAAUAGACUACAACUUGAUUCGAGAAUAGAAGUUAGUUACUAAAAUAUAAAAAUGUAAAUUAAUUUAAGUCGUUUAAGAAACGAUAGAUUUAUUUUAGGAAGAAGCUGACUUAAAAGAUGUGAAAAUCAUUUUCUUUAAAUUAAUAAACUAAACUUAAUAUGAGAUGCUUGAUUAUGAAAAAUUUUAAAGUAUUUUGAUACAUAUCAUAUCCAACAGUUUGAAAUUUAAUCGAUCAAAUGGUUAAAUAUUUAUCACUCUCAGUAAAGAUAGUUAAGAUAAGCAUUUAUAAAAUUCAAAAGAAUAUGAAAAAAAACUCAUUUAACCUUCCAAUCCAUCUCAACUUUUUAAAAGCUCUUUGGAUAUAAAUGAAAGUUCCUUCCAUUUUCCAUUAAGAAAGAAUACUAAUUUUAGAUAAUACAUAAAUCCAAGCAGCUAGUUUUCAAACAACAACCAAUAAACGAAUACAAAUAAUUAUGAUUAUUAUCUUUUAGAAAUUAAAGAUAAUGGAAUUGGAAUCAAUUAAUAAAAAUUAGAAGCAAUACAAAAUCUAUUGAAAAAUGAAGAAGAAUUUUUCGAAGAAUAGAAUUCUGAUGCAGCUUCAGGGAUUAUGCUUGGUCUAAGAGCAUCAAAUACUUUAAUUAAAUUUUUAGGAGGAAAGGAGGAAGAAAACUACAUUACAAUAGAUUCAAUCGUUAAUUAAGGAACCACAGUUUGUAUACAUUUAAAGUGUAGAAUUGCACAAUUGACAGAAUUUAUGGCUAGUGAUUUAUAUAAUAAAGAAGGCUCUUAAAUAUAAGUGGAAGGAGAGGUGGCCGAAUUCGAUACUUUUAGUCAUAAAUAUAAUGCUUGGACUGAUCCAGAAAUUAGUAGUCGUACAAAUAUCUUUCAUAAGGUUAAGAGAUCACCUUAAUUAAAUCUCAAUUUUUAGAAUAGUAGCAUAAGUAAUAAUGUUAAAAAGGGAAGUAACCAGUUAUAUUCUGGGGGUACUUCAAGUAUUCAUAGAAAUAGCGGUGGGAGUAGGAUAUUAUUCUAGUCGGCACCAUGUAACUGCGAUUAAAAAAUUGUCAUAGUAGAUGAUGAGCCCUACAAUCUACUGGUCUUGGAAUCGUUAUUGAAAUAAUUGGGGUUUCAAUCUAUAAAGGCAGAUAAUGGUCAGUAAUGUGUAGAUCUAAUUGAGAAAAGCAUUUCAUAAUUUGAAGAUCAUAAAUGUUAAGGAUAUAAGGCCAUAAUUAUGGAUUACUAAAUGCCUAUUAUGAAUGGGUAAGAAGCAACAAAAUAACUUUAAUUUUUAUUUAGAGAGUAGCCGAAAUUCUAGAUACCUAUUUUCGGAUUGACAGGAUUCUCUGGAGAAGAUGAUUUAAUUAAUUUAUUGAGUGCAGGAAUGAAGGAAGUAUAUAUUAAGCCAAUCACUUUAAAGAAUUUAGAGGAAAUUAUUAGUAGCAUAUAGUUAAUUGAGAACAAAGAAACUUCUCAUUUCUCUUCUAAAUAAUUACAUUGUCUUGAGUUAGAUUAUGAUGAUGAAGAAAAAUUCGUAAAUGAAUGA